UUUCUCACAACAGAAUUAAACUUUGCACAAUAGUUAGUUCAACCUCCACAACAUAUAGUCGUUUUGGCACAACCUUGUGGCGGUUUCAUGUUCAUUUCGUCCAAAGGCAAAUGCCUUUGGACAUGAAGCAGCUGAGUAAGUACAAAUAUCUAAAGAAUGGUCACCCUUGACUUGCUAUUCAUCACUAUCUCCUUGCUUCUAUCAUGAAUGUCACAAUUAUUUAUACUUGUACCGGCUGAAUAGUCAUUGUCCAUACAACUAAUAGUCUUCAUGUCAUUGCUUGUGUCAGUGCACUCAAAAUUGUUGAACAUUUUGUCAAACAAUUUGUACACCCAUUUUGAAAACCCUAUUUUUAAGGAGUUUCCAUGAAAAUCUCCAUAAAUUACUUUUCUCAGGUGAACUUUAUCUCACACUAAUGAAAAUUGGUGUGUGUUACUCUUACUUGCAACCAAUGAAAAGCCUCUUCUACCCAGUCAUAGGUGAAUCGCGUUACAGUAUCCCCUACUCUACAAGUAUAUAUAUACAGUUUUUCUCAGUCGCUUUGGUGCGUUUCUCAGAUCAGAAUUGAAAUUCUCAUAACUAUUAGUUCAACCUCCACAACACUCAGUCAUUUGUGCACAUCAUAGUAGCAAUUUCUCCCCUCUCUGAACAAACUGCAAAUGAUUUUGGACAUGAAUCAGUUGCUUCCAUACAUUUCCCUGCUGCUUUCUGACAUUUCCAUUUGCUUAUGUCAUGUCAGUCAAAAGUAAUCAUACCUAUGGAUGCUGAAUAGUCGUUCCCAAUAAAACUAAUAGUCAUACAUCCAUUGCUUGAGUCAUCACACACAAAAUUGUUGAACUAGUUAUCACAUGCCAAAUAUUGGCCAUCUGUCAAGCAAAUCCUAUACCUUUCUGUAUCAUUUUUCCUGGAAAUGGCUCCGAAAUUGAACAAUUGAUCUCAGGUGAAUCACACGGUAUUUGGCAAUAUUGAAUCUGUUUCAAUUUCAACAAUUGACAGAGUACUCAAGAAGAAUGAAAUCCACAUGAAGCAAUUGUAUAAAGUGCCAUUUGAACGAAACAGUGACAGGGUGAAGGAGAUCCGUCACCAGUAUGUGCAGCGUGUACUGGAGCUGGAAGCCAGGGAAACACUGCACACAUUCAUAUAUGUUGAUGAGGCAGGUUUCAAUCUGGCCAAAGGCAGAAGGCGUGGAAGAAAUCGCAUUGGACAGAGGGCAACCACUGAAGUCCCUGGUCAGCGCGGAGGGAAUAUUACCAUGUGUGCAGCCAUCUCAGACAACGGCGUCCUCACCCAUAUCCCCCUUCUUGGUCCAUACAAUACCCAACAUCUCCUGACAUUUUUAGACACUCUUUACAGGGACCUAGUCCCUGAGAAUGAGAGAGGUGGAGGCCAACUCAGCAAGUAUGUUGUUGUCUGGGAUAAUGUCCGUUUUCACCACUCCCAUCAGGUCAGAGAGUGGUUUGCAGCACAUGACAGAAUUCUGGUUGAAUAUCUCCCUCCAUAUUCCCCAUUCCUUAAUCCAAUAGAGGAGUUUUUCUCUGCCCAGAGGUGGAAAGUUUAUGACCGGCAUCCACAUGAGCAAAUGGCCCUGCUAGCAGCCAUGGAUGCAGCAUGUGACGACAUCACAGCAGGGUCCUGCAGAGGAUGGAUUCGCCACUCCAGGAGAUACUUUCCUCGCUGCAUUGCGAGGGAUAACAUCUGUUGUGAUGUUGAUGAAAAUAUGUGGCCAGACAGACGGGAACGUCUGGAUGUGCCAGAAUGAUUUACUGCACUGUUACAUGUGCUGUUUAUUGUUCACAUUAGUGCACAGCUCUACCAAAUGGGUGAUUUUAUGUUUACAUGUAUUCUACAGUGAACAAGUGACUGUAGCAUAUUUUUCUUUUGCACAAUUCUGUAGGAUUACAAACACUUCUACACAAUGGAAAUGUGAAACGUACGUAUUCAGUGUCUCAGUUACUCCCAAGA